CAAUAUUAAUUCUGAUGAGCUUGGUAUAGAUACCUCUACCAGCUUUGGUAAUAUUGUUCCAAAUGAUUUUAAUUUUACUUCUGAUAACGGUAACAUUACUAUAUCUAAUGACCCUGGUACUAUCGCUCUUAAUGUUUUUAACAACUCUGGUACUAUUAUUUCUAACGACUCUGGUACUAUCAUUGAUGUUUCUAAUAUCACUACAGAUAGUUUUGAUGAUAUUACCUCUAAUAACUCUGGGUACAUUACCUAUAAUGAAAAUGAGUAUGAUGUCCGAAGCGAUAAUAAUUCAGAGGGUUGG